CCGAAGUAUACUGUAGAGAUUAAGUAUGAGACUCACACCCUUUUGCUGAGGGGGUUAGAAUUUUUGAUUUUAUUUCUACUUUAAAAACAAAAAAAGCAAAAAAAAACUCUAACGACACUUGUCGCCUUAGUAUUUGAUAACUGAAAACCCAACAAAAUAAAAAUUCAGAAAAUUUAUUUCUGUUUUAAAAUUUUUUUCAAACUCGCUUAGAGAAAUUUCGCUAUAAAAACGUGUUUUUGAAAUCAAUAUAAAUAGAUUUCAUUAAAAAUCAAUUGAUUCUCAUUGUUGUGCUGCUCGUUGGUACUCGGUAAUUCAAUUCCGGAAAAUAUGUCGAGUACCGCGAAGUCUUCGAAAGCAAAGCCACCUCCAAAGCUGCCGCCGCGGCUUUUCUUUAAUCAUCGUCAGAUGGCGCUGCGUAACAUUGGAGUUGCAGUGGCCUCGGCCCUGUUCGCUGCUAUGACUUUCAACAUACUCCAUAACAAGCCACGCAAGAAGAAGUAUCGCGACUUUUACAGCAAUUACGACCCGCAGAAGUCAUUUAUGCGCAUGGCAGAAGGCGGCUAUUUACACGGCUGCCCACCUUGUUCUUUGAAGGAAGACGACGAAAAUGAUGCCGAUAAGAAGAAGAAAAAGUAAAUGUAAAACAAGUUUCCUAAGGAAUGGCGAAUUAUAUUAAAUGCCUAUGAAAUAUAGCAGUUUUAUAAAAAAAAAAAACUGUUUUAAAUUUUGA